CUUAUAUAAACCUCUUUAAAACUCCUCAAAAAACUCAAUACCACCAAUUUCUCUUUCUUCUUCACAGAGCAAUGGAGUUGAAUUUAGUUACCAAAGACUCAAGCUGGUGGGUAUUUGCACUCCCAGCUUUUCUGGGUUCCAAAAUCCUUCUUGAUGUUUACCUUGUACUCUCUCUUUUCGUUGCCUUUGUCUCUCUAGGUUUUCUCACAUGGGCUUUUGCCGUUGGAGGCAUUGCAUGGAAAAACGGGAGGAAUCAGAAAGGUCGCCUAUCUAUCGCUGGACAUAGAGGCCUUCCUGUUUUUGGAAGCCUUUUCACUCUCAGCCGUGGCUUGGCUCACCGCUCUUUGGCUUCCAUGGCUUGGAGCCGAGUUGAAACCACCCAGCUUAUGGCUCUUAGUCUCGGCUCCACUCCUCUCGUCGUAGCUUCCCACCCACACACCGCCAAAGAAAUUUUAACCUCCCCACACUUCGCUGACCGACCUCUUAAACAAUCAGCUAAAAGCCUGAUGUUCGGCCGAGCCAUCGGCUUCGCUCCAAACGGAACGUACUGGCGGUUACUGAGGAAGAUCGCUGCGUCUCACCUUUUCGCUCCCCGGCGAAUUAUAGCCCAUGAAAGCCAUCGCCAGCUAGAAUGCGCCGAUAUGUUGCGUAGCAUAGCAAAGGAACAGAUUCUGAACGGCUUCGUUUGUUUGAGAAAACACCUUCAAGCUGCUUCGUUGAACAACAUGAUGGGAAGCGUAUUCGGUAAGAGGUACGACUCGGUUAAAGAUGGCGAAGAGCUUCAGGAGCUUAAAGAAAUGGUUAGAGAAGGGUUUGAGCUCCUUGGCGCUUUUAACUGGUCUGAUUAUCUUCCAUGGCUGAGCUAUUUCUACGACCCGCUUCAUAUAAACGAACGGUGCUCGGAACUCGUUCACCGAGUCAGGAAAUUCGUAAAAGGAAUUAUCCAAGAGCACCGAGUCUGCAAAUCCGAUAAGCUACCCGAUCAAGCCGAUUUCGUCGAUGUUUUGCUCUCUUUGGAUGGCGAUGACAAGUUUCAAGAAGAUGAUAUGGUUGCUGUGCUAUGGGAAAUGAUAUUCAGAGGGACUGAUACAACCGCGUUGUUGACUGAAUGGGUGAUGGCCGAGUUGAUUCUGAACCCAGACGUGCAAGAGAGGCUUCGCAAAGAAAUCGACACCGCCGUAGGAGAGAGAAGCUUGAGAGAUGCUGACGUGGCAGCCUUGCCUUACUUACAGGCCGUGGUGAAGGAAACCCUACGGGUGCACCCUCCUGGCCCACUGCUUUCAUGGGCCCGUCUGUCCACGUCGGAUGUCCAGCUCAGUAACGGGAUGCUGAUCCCCGCCAACACAACCGCCAUGGUGAACAUGUGGGCCAUAACGCACGACCCGAGCGUGUGGGACGAGCCGCACUUGUUCAAACCCGAGAGGUUCCUGGAAGCUGACGUGGACGUGAAAGGCAGUGACCUGAGGCUCGCGCCGUUCGGUGCCGGCCGGAGGGUUUGCCCGGGAAAGAACCUUGGGUUGGUGACGGUGACGCUUUGGGUGGCAAAGCUGGUCCACAAUUUCAAGUGGGCCCAGGAUGAUUCUCAGCCGGUGGAUCUGAGUGAGGUUCUCAAACUGUCAUGUGAGAUGAAGCAUCCUCUUCAUGGUGUGGCGGCGCAGAGGAAGAGUGAUGGUGUUUGGUUCUAGAGACUAAUUAUGAUAUAUGGUGAAUAGGGGAUUUGGGUAGGCUUCCGAUGUAGGAAUUAAACUAAGCUGUAUAUUUUCCCAACUAGUACGGUCUCUUUUAGUUAAGUUGUUUGUUUGGGUUUGUAACCUAGUUUGGAUUAUUAUCUGGGUAUUAAUUAAUGCUUAUGUGAUCGGAUAUAUAUAUAUAUAUGAAUGAUUUGAUGGGUGGUUUAAGUAGAGGGCUCCAGUUUUGGAAACUGGUUGUUUUUGGAGUCCUGGAUUUCGUGAAUCAUAGUGAAUCAUAUUAUUAUUAAUGUAAUAUCCAUAAUUUCUGAUUAAUAUACUAUGGGUAUCCUUGAUUAUUCUUCCA